AUGUGGCUCAUGUUAUUUACGCAUUAUUUAUUUGGCUAUGUUGGUACAGCCUUAUGUUCAAUUGGACUUGUUCUUGCUCUAUGUUCUGUGUACAUUUUUACUCGUCGUCACAUGCGUAAUAAUGUAUCAACAUAUUUAGCUAGUUUAAGUAUCAGUGAUAGUUGUCUAUUAUUCAUGGGUCUUGUUAUAGCAAUCAAUGCUUCAAUUCCUCCAAAUCAACAAAGUGAAUUAUUUUAUUCAUCACGUCUUCAUAAACAUAUAUUUCCAUAUGUUUAUCCUUGUAUAAUAUGGUUUCAAUUUACAAGCGUUUGGAUAACUACUAGUUUUGCUGUUGAUCGAUGGUUUGCUAUAAAAUGGCCAAUGUUACAUUAUACAUAUAGUUCAAAACGAGCUAGUUAUAUUGUUGUUAUAAUUUAUUGUUUCGGUUUUAUAUAUUCAUUACCAAGAUUUUUUGAAUAUAAAACUGAAUUACAACGUGAAACAUUAACUAUUAUUGGAAAUCUUACUGAAUAUAUUGAUCAUUUUGUUAUAGAAAAUAAAGUACUUGAAAAUCGUGUUUAUCAAUAUAUUGUUCAUCUUAUUCUCUAUAGUAUUUUUCAAAGUAUAUUACCAUUAUUAAUGUUAUCUUAUUUUAAUGUUGAACUUAUUCGAAGUAUUCAUGCUAGUUCAAAUUUUCUUAAACGUUUUACAUCAUUACAUGUACAAAAUCCACGUAUAGAAUGUGUAACAAAUAUAUCACGUAGUCGCGAAGCUGCAAUAACACGUUCUGUUAUAUGUUUAAUUGGUUUAUUUAUAUUAUGUCAAGUUCCAGCAUCAAUUCUUCAUUAUCUUUAUAUGUUUUAUCCAAAUCAUCCAAUACUUUAUAUUUGUUAUGAUAUAUCAAAUUUUUUAAUUUUUGUUAAUAGUGCAGUGAAUUUUUUUAUUUUUACAUAUUUUAAUCGAAAAUUUCGUCGUGAAUUAACUCGUGUUUGUUUUCAUUCUACAAAGGAUCGAAGUACAAUUUUACGUAUAACAAGUCAUCCAUCAUUUCCACGAACAAAUUCAUCGAUUCAAAAUAUACAACGACAUUCACAACAAAUUGACAUAACACAAGCAAGCUCUUGGGAGUCGCAAUCACGAACUAAUCAUCUUGUGCGGCAAACAGAAAAUAGAACAAGUCGUGACGAUAUAAAGCAUAUAAGAAAAAAAUCUUCUAAUGUAUCAAUACAAUCUCAAUAUCAUCUUCAUCCAUUUUCUCAUUGUUCAGAAUCAUUAGUUACUUUACAUACGAAUAAUAAUCGAAAAAAAAGUUAUGACAGUUUUUCUAUACAAGAUAUUAAGUGUAGAAAAUCAAAAAAUGUGUCAUAUUUAAAUGAUCAACGAAAUUUUCCAAAAACAUCUAAUUAUUAUCGACGUCAUAGUGAAAAAGUAUCAGUUACUCGUAAAAAACAUCCUUUAAUAAUUCGUACAAACACAUCAAAUCAUCGUGGACGACAUUUACAUUAUGUAGCAUAUAAACAUGAACAAAAUAAACCAAAUUCUAUGUUUACAUAUGAUUCAAUAAGAAAUUUAACAACAACACCAACAACAACAUAA